AUGCCUUCGGACCUGGAGCUUCUAGCCGACAUGGGCUUUGACCCAGAGCGGGCCAAAAUAGCAGUGUCUAAAUCCGGCGGCUGUAAGUCAGGCCGACCCAUGUUCACAGCAUCAGCCUUCAAGUUCCUUAAGAUCUUGGAUGAUUUUGGUUUUUUUUUAAAAAAAAAAAUACUUAAUACUGACAUAUUGUCUUUUCAUUCAGUACAGGGGGCCCUCGAGUGGCUAGAAGCCAACCAAGACAAGUCGCUGGAAGAAAUACAAGAGGAAACGGCCCAGAAACAGUCAGAAGCAGGAGCGUCGGAUGAGCCGCCAGAGCUGAAACCUGGAGAAGAACCAAAGAGCUUGGUCUGUAAUGAGUGCGGGAAACGGUUCAGAAGCCAGGGCCAGGCCGAAUUCCAUGCCUCUAAAACAGAACAUGUCGACUUUUCAGAAUCAACAGAAGAGAUCGCACCGCUCACGGAGGAAGAGAAGAAGGCUAAACUAGAAGAGCUACGUCAAAGACUGGCAGAAAAACGGCAAAAAAUGUCUGAGCAGGAUAAGAAGGACCAAAAAAGAAACGAGGAAAUCCGCCGUAAGAGCACGAAGGAGACUCAGGAUAUGAAAGAAGAACUUCAACGAAAAGAACAGUUGAAGGAAGCAGCUAAAAAGAAGCGUGAGAAACAAGAAGAAAUUGAAGCAAAGGCACGGAUAAAGGCCAAGAUUGAAGCAGACAAGCAGGCUCGGAGAUUGAAAGCAGAGAAAGAAAAAGCGGAACGAGAAGGUCGUGUUCUGGAGGAACAAAAGGCACAGCCUACACCAGCUGCAGCUCCAGUGGCCUCGAAGCCAGCUUCAGCAUAUACAGAGGCGAGACUACGACUGAUGACACCAUCCGGGAAUGUCAUCAAGUCCUUCCCUGUUGAUACCACCCUCUUUGAGGUUGCCGCCGCUCUACAGCAGGAAGGGAAUCAGGUAAAUAGCUUUACGCAGACGUUUCCAAAGAAGGUUUUCACUCAGGAAGACUUUGGGGCUACGUUAGAAGAGCUGGGUUUUGUGCCAAGUGGAAGCCUUAUCGUGGGCUGA